CCAGGAGUAAGAUACCACAUCUAGAUUUUCGAUUUUCUAUUUGUAUUUCCCCAAAAUCUAAAUUUCACUAAAGUGGUUGCUCGCUUAGUACUUUUUGCAAAAUAUGUUUUUGUUUUUCCUUUACAGCCCGAGGCGACCCCAGCCGGGUUGUUCAUAUCGAGCUACUAGCUCCUGCAGACAUCUUUCAUUUACACGACCAGCUUCUUGUUUGAUUUUCAUUUCUUAUGUAUUCCACUCAGUGGCGCCUCCCACCUGUGCGGGCUACACUGUAUACAAGAACGCGGCGCAGCAGCAUCACCCUCUUCGCUUGAAGAAGGACAAAACCGCCGGCGCACCAGUUCUUGCACAAGAUGAACGUAAUAAAGCCAGAUCAGCAGCUGCUAAAAGGAGCACCUCCACGACGAAAAGCAGGAGCACGAGUGGGGUGGUCGGAAAAGAUGUGGACACCGCCCCUGGGUUUCUUGACGUUGCGGAAGAUGAUUCUCCUACGUCAUCAUCAUCUUCGUCCUCAUUUCUUCGGGAGAGGGCGAAUAAAGUCAUGUUGCAGGAACAGGGCAGAAAACGAAAUCGAAAUGGAAAACACCUCGUCGUGGGCAGCCCUGCUGAAGAUGACCACCAGCAGAGACGAGAACAGCAGGAUCGGCUUCUUCAAGCGCAUAAUUCGGAGAUUCUUUCGCAGCAGCAGCUGCUAGUACGAGAACCCGAAGAGGAUGUUGACACGACAGCGACCAAGAACGCUUUAACUGCUAGUGCUACCAACUACUCGACUGUGGUGCAAUUGACAUCCUCAAACGCAACAAUAAACGAGUCAAUGCAGCUAAUAGCAGGAACAGGACCUGCUUCUCCUGCUGAAUCCUCUAUGCAGCAAGCUUCCUCGUCUUCUAGUAGAAGCAAUUCAUCUGACUCUACUACUAAUUCCAGUACUACUUCCACCACGACCACGACCCUUCCCCACACGUACUACGCGAGAAGAAACCUGACCACCGACCAGCACCGGACCUUCACCCAGGACCAGCUCACGCGUGUGGAGGAAAAGGUCUUGCAAUUAAAAAAAGAAAUUGAAGACACCGUGCUCUUGUCAACUACCAGCGAAAGAGCUACGGGGUGUCGUAAAGUGCAAAGAGACGCCAACUCCUCCGCCUCGCUGGCGCAGAAGGCAGAGCUGCUGCGAACAACUUCUCCGAGUGGAUUCAUGGCUGAGAAAUUCGGCGUAUGUAGCGACGCGAAUGCCGAUGGAGCUGCAACUGGUGCAGCUUCUAGCGUCGGCACUUCUAGUCCAAGAACUGCUUGCGUUCCGCUCACGGGUGACUGGGACAAUUAUGGAAACUACGGAGGUUGGGACUGGGACAACACUCCUGAUCUCCGCAGUGACCACACUGGUGACAGUGCUGAUCUUGCUCUUGCAGGACAAACGCAAAAAUCCGGCGUAUCUGUUCUCGGCAAUUUCCACCUCGCCGCGGCGUCUGACGGGGACGGGUUUUUUGACCGGUCCGGGCUGGAAGAAAGCUACUUUGCCGUCCUACCCGCCCGCUGGCAGGUGGACGAUCAGGGGGACGAAUCGACAUCACCCCGCUACAGCAGCACGGGGGCGCGGAUCACAUCGGACGGCUUGAUCACGACUCGCGAUCCCAUGGUUAUUUUUCCGGGAGUGAGCAGCGUGCAGGACGAUUUGCAAGACGAAAAAAACUUUGACGACUGCGUCGCCGCGCAGGUCGGAAAAAUCUUCGUAAAGCACUUCGGACCACCAGAUCAUGAGCUGCAAGAUGGUGGGGAUGAGACCUCCGAACAAGAAGUGUACACUGGACCAACAACCUACGUCGCUUACGCCAACUUCGGGUUCGCUACCACUGGGAGAGUGGUUGAGUGGCCGAAUGUGGACAUGAAUCUGGAGGAGGCGGAAGAAGAGCAGCACACUGUGGCGUCGUCUUUCACCGAAGUUCAGACCUCCAGGAACCGCCCAGCAGCGGCUUUAUUUGCAGCAGCCGCGAGUGGUCCUCCUCCUCCACCAAGCUCGUUACUAGCUGAUGCAUCAGCACCCGCGAUGAACACUAGUGGUAUUUCUAGCGCAGCAAGUGCAGUUUCGAAUGCAACUUUGCCGCAAAUAAGCACCUCCGCUACUUCGAGCCACGACCUCCAGGAGCGCCGUCCUCUCCCAGCCCCAAAAGCCACAUCGUCGCUGGAAAACUACGACGCGCGACAAGCACCGUGGUACGAAAAGGGCCUGGAACACCGGGUCACCAAGAACGUGGUCUUCGCUAUCGACUGCAGCGGAUCGAUGUUAGAAAGCGGCAAAUGGCCCGCGGUGAAAACCGCGGUGCAGAAAGCGAUCAGCUCGCUCACCCAACACGACCGGUUUUCUUUGUUUCUCUACACCGGCGUGGAAAGGGAAAGUUGGGGGGACGUGUUCUCGGUGCACUUCGUGGUUGCCACGGAGGAGAACAAACAGGCGGGGCUCGACUGGCUGGGCGCGCGAGACGACUUUGAGUCCGUAGAUUUGUGGUACACGCUGCCCCCCGCCGCGUUUCUCGGGCUCACGAUUGCGGCCGGGACCGGGGGACCGUCCUUUCCCGACGGCUUUCCGACCACCGCGUAUCAAAGGAAAGACAAAGAUCGUAAUUUGCCAUGCAGUAAUGAAUCAAUGCUGAUGCAUAAAGAGAAAAGGUGCCCAAAAUACUUUUAUUUGUAUUGCAUAGCAUGCACGAUAUAUUUGCAUUGCCAUGCAUGACUGCAAAAAUGCGUGAAUAAAGCCGUUCUUUAAAAACAGUUUUGCCUGUGAUACCGUGGCGCAGCCCUGCCUCGAGGACCGGGACUUUUGCCACGCUAUGGUUCUCCUAGUCACGGACGCGGACGCGAACUCUUUGCGGUUUGACGACGUAGACUGGGAGACGGACUUGCAAGCCCUGUUCCCGGUCGGGUGGAGCAUCACCCUGUCGGCCUACGUCGUUUCCUAUCUAACAAAAAAGCAUUAGCGUUAGCGUUUUGACAUUUGCUGGCGAAAGCCAAAUUUUUUUUCAUUCUAGCUAGUGAGGUAGCUGUGUUCCGUUCAGACAGAUUCGCGCUAACUGGAAGCAGUGGAAGCAGUCUCUUCGGCCGCGGAGCGGAUCGGAGAUGAUACCGCCAAAGAUCUGGGCGACAGCUUGGCCGCGCGCAUGUCUGGGGCUCCAGGGACUCCCGGCUACGCGACCUCCUGACCAUGCGGCGGGCUGACAAGCCGUCGCUCCUGGAGUGCCUGGAGACCCGUUUUUGGCUCGCGGCUCUUGAGCCCGAGCAAGAUGAUCAAGCUUCCCAAAGUCUGGCAUUAGCGUUUCUGUCCUCGGAGGUCAUUUUGACCCCCCGAGCAGAGGCGAAUUUGAAUGGUCCACAAAAAAAACGCUAACACCAAACUUUUUUUUCCAGCUACAGGUCGUGCCAAAGUUUGGCAUUAGCGUUUUUUCCUGGUACCCGAAAAAACGCUAAUGCUAAAUUUUUUUUUGCAGCAUUAGCUCGUGCCAAAGUCUGGCAUUAGCGUUUAUUCCGGGCGCCCAAAAAAAGUGCGGCUUUUGUGCGGUUCGGAAAAAAACGCUAAUGGCGGAGUUUGGCACGACCUAACGCUAAAAAAAAAUUUUUGGCAUUAGCGUUUUUUUGGGUGCCUGUAAAAAACGCUAAUGACAGACUUUGACGCGACCUAUAGCUGGAAAAAAAAUUUCACCAUUAGCGUUUUUUCUGUUGACCACUCAAAUUUGCAUCAGCUGGCCAUCAAAUCUGUAGAUUUUUGAUGGCUCGGCCACGAAACGCCAGUAGACACCCAAAAGAAAUGCAAACCCGCAUUACAAUCUGCCCCGAACCUGGUCAAAUCAGGCAAAAGCCCGGCGACGAUGGUGGCAGCCCGAUGGCGGGUGGAUAACACCAUCAACGCUUGGGCACUGAAGUACGGACCAACGGCGGAGAGGAUCUGCAACAAAAUGCUGGAGGAUACGAAGGGGCGCCGGCUUCCUGUUGCACGGGAGGAGAAGGAUACACACUUAGCUGACAGAUGUUCGUCUGAGCGUGAACUUGCUAACUUAACAUGCAAAAUCGAAAAAAAUUUCGCUUGUUUGAAAAAAUUUGAAAACGCUAACGCUAAUGCUUUUUUGUUCGAUAUUUCCCCAGACGCCUCGAUCACGCGGUGGAACGACUUCACCACGUUGUCAAGCAACCACGGCUCGAGCUAUCCCGUUCUGCUUGACUACAAGAACCAGGGUGGUGGUGACGGAACAACGGGAGGUUCUGCUACAACUACUUCUUGGGAAGACGACAUGGCAGACACGAUCUCGCGGUACGCGCGAGCAGAGACGCGGAAGCGGGUCGAAGUCGAGCGGGAGGCUGCGACGAACGUGACGACCUGGGUCCGGUUCUUUGACCCUUUUACCGGACGGCAGCGGUUCUCCGCGUGCACGAAAAUCUUUUCUACCGGCCCGUAUGCCGCCGAGGAAGAAGCCUUCCGGGUAUCCACAGUAAAUUUCCCGUACACGUAGACGUAGUACAAAUGCUGGUGCCCCUGCAUGACAAAACUUGACUCCGAUUCUAGUUUAGCAUGACAAGUGUCAGCACACUCCAAAUUGGUGAAAUUUGUGAUGCAUCUUGUGCAUGUACGCGAAAUUUGUAUUGCAUACCGGGAACUCAAGCACUACGCGGUCGUCUGCGUGGACGCGGCCCUCGUUCUGAAGGACUCCUUCGAGUCCAAGCUCCGGUGCCUCCCGUUUCUCAAGGCCGAGGUGGCAGCCCGGCGAGAUGCUCUGGCGGCGGAGUUUCCGCCCGUCUUCGCCUGUCCCGCCUACGAGAACAAAGAGGCGCGGUGCAAGAGUGACCGUUCCGUGGAUUUGCGCGCGUACCUGUACGCGCAGGAAUACUACGACUACGCCGCGCAAGCUAUUGUGAGGAAAAAUCUCCCCACCCCAUAGUCAAGAUGGCGAAUCUGCUAGACAAAUCUGUCAGCUUUGGGUGUUGCGCAUGACAAGUUUGGACUCGUAGUGUAAUCCGGUUCAGCUUGUUCAGCAGCAUCACAGAUCUACCCUAUUAUGCUGAUUGGAGUGCUACAAAAUCCAAAAAUCGCCUAGAGAAUGCCUGUCAUGGGGCUCCGCAUGAGAAAGCAUUUGAGCAUGCAGAUUUGCAUGACAGCUAUGGGGUGGGGACGUUUUUACAAAUGAUACAAGCCCAGCAGAGCGAGCGGUACGUGCCCGGCUUCAAGCCCUUCCGCGACGAAGUAGUGCCCAUUGACCCCGUGUUGCAGCUGGUGGAAGAUAUGCAUUGCAGAAGUAUUGCAUUGAUAGAAAUUACAACAACCCAAGAAGUUUUUGGCUUUUCAGAAGCAGGUGGAAUCGAAUACGAAUAGAAGAAUUUGUUAUGAUAUGCUGAUUUAGAACCUAAACUUGGAGUGCAUGAUUGCAAUCAGUACGAUACUUCUGCACUGGAUACAAGAUGCGGGCGGGCAAGUCGAUAACAAUGCCAUCCGGGUUACACUUUCCUGGAGCAACUGCAAUGACAUCGAUCUCCAUGUCAUCACGCCAAGUGAAGAGGAAGUGUAUUGGGCCAACAAGGAAUAUGCAUUGCAAGUACUAUGCCUGUCUGGUGGGUCUUCUGGAAGGAUGCAAUUUGAUGUGAUGCGUCCCGCAGAUGAAAACAAAAAAACUCGUUUUGCGCAGGUAGCAAAGAUGCCCACUUUUGGCACUGCGAAAACGGUGGCCCUGCUGGUCAUGCGGGAUAUUAUGAAUCGCAAAGCGGCUUAACGUUAACCUGGUUAACGUUAAGCCGCUAUGCGAUUCAUUUAUAUUUUUUUAACUCGCUUUGCGAGUACAUAUCACAUAAGGCCCGCCUUAUGGUUAACUUAACCAUAAGGCGGGCUACUACUUAGCCCGCCUUAUAUGAAAAUAUAUAUUUAUAAUUAAAACCUGUGAUGUACCCUGUCCCUGUAUUGUUCCAGCGGCCCUCGCGGGGCAUGAUCCGAAAUCAGAAUGACCACAAGCUUCCGCACUCAUCCAGAUUCAGACAUAUUUGCAAUGCAUAUGGAAGGCGAUUUCGGGGGCAAGCUUGACGUGGACAUGAAUGUUCGUUCCAGUUGUAGCCUCAGUCCCGUGGAAAACAUUCGGUGGGCCCGGGACGACACCCCCCAGCCCCAGGCUGGCGUGUACACAGUCAAGGUGGUCUACUUUUCGGAAGAUACUGACAAUGGGGCACCCCAAGAGACGGACAUUGCGGUCAACAUCCAAAACGGGCGCGAUCCGUUGCUGGAUUACACGGCAACCCUACGGGCCGUUAUGGAUUGCAAAUAUGUCUGGGUCUGGAAGGUUGGAACUUGUGAUGCGGAUUCUGGAAUGGGCAAAAAUUUGUGUUGCAUGAUCGCCAAAAGCUGCCCAUUUCGUGCUACGCAAAUUGGGAAUUUCUCAUGCAGGAUAGGCAUCAGAAGGCCUGCGCAAAACCUGUAAUGCUUUUGCGUGCAUUACAGACCAUUUGCAUAAUCCAAAGAAUGCAUGACAAACAAGGGUCUUCUUCCAGACCCAGACAUUUUUGCAUUUGAUAGCCGUAAAAGCUGCGCACACAUUUCAAUUCACCUUCGCCGGCAUGGAUCAGUACACCCCGCCCCCGCCGGAAGAAAUCGACGUCGGAAACGUUUUGCCCUUCGUGCCUUCCGGAAGCUUCUCCGACUUCUCCUCGGAUGAGCGGCUUCAACUGUUGGAAGCGGACGAAGAAGAAGUCGGGGAAAAUUUGCCUGGCCACGUCGAUCUGUUUCAACUUUUCAAAAUAUCCAAGAAAAAAACGUUGUAGGUCGUGAGCCCUUCUUUGCAGAACAACAUUCGAGAUCUGUCUGGCAUGUUGAAGACAGCAAUAAAAACCUGUCACGUGGUUGCGCAGAUAGUACGUGGACACCGACACGCGCUUAGUUGUGGGCCCUGCAAUGCAUGAGGACCAGCAUGACAGGAGAGGACGCAAUCAAUUCGCAUGUUGCGCAUCACAUCAAAGUUGCACCUACAAUCUCUUUUGGUUGGAUACAAAACUGCCGAUGACCACUGGAACCCGUACCAACAGGAAGAACAGUGCACGACGACAUAUGCAAAGAAAAAAGCGCUACAGUACUUUUUACACACUGCGUUGUAGGCGGAGCGAGACAGAGCACUCCUGUCAUGAUGUCGGAUAUGCUCCUCCCGAGCCUAGUUUGUCGAUGCGUGGCCUCGCUUAUGAUCUCUGAACUCAAAUCCUAAUUUUCUCUGUGUCUGUCAUGCUCCUGCAAAGAAAAUUUGUAUCGCCAAAGAUGAACCUGAAAAAUGCGACAAACGCAAACGUGUAACUGUAACACUUUUUUCUCGGGAUACGACGACGACGACUAGUACAACCACAUCAACGACUACUACCACCACGACCCUGGAUCCUGAAGAUCUUGGCGGACACGCUUUCCACGAACAAGUCCCCGAGACGCGAUACAAUCCACCACCAAGUCUCUCGGCCUUCCGGGACAUCGCACCGCUCCCCUGGCCCGACACCCCGGAGGCCGAAGCGGCUUGCUGCAAAUGUACGACGUUCUUAAUUGUCGCCUUGGUGUUCUGCCUCUGUACCGGGGCUGCGCUGGCGACCUACCUCAUCGCUGUCGCGCGGUCGUCGUCCGAGGGAGACCCGUCGGGGGUCGUCCACCUCCCCGGGAGGAGUGCAAGGAGCAGAGGCGCAGGAGCUGACGAGAGGACGAUAAGACCAGGAACAAACAUACAGGGUGCGCGAGGACAGCAAGAAGCUAGGUCGUCGUCCGACAAAAAUGCCGCGUUUGCAGCAAAUUUUUCCUUUGGUUCCACCGGUGAAAAUAAAGAAGACACUACUGUAGCGCCGAAGACAAGUACAACUAGUGCGCUGCCGGGCAAAGACAAAGAGCGCACAAAAAAAAGAAGCUCUAGGUCAACUUCUCUGCAAGAAGACGUUGGAGUUGAUGACCAAGACGUGGAGGUUGUUGACUCGAGCAAUCCGACUCCACCGAAAAAACCUUCUAAAUCAAGUGUAGUCUCGGGGGCGAACAAGAAAAACUCAAAAACGUUACCGAGCGAGCGGGAACAGAAGAAACAAAAAAAGCGCCACGGUGUAAGCAGUAAAAAGGCCACGCAGGAGAACCAGAAAGCCAAAUCCAAGAAGCCGGAAGGGGCAUCGACGUCGGAGAGUGAAGAAGAAGUGUAUGGCGACGAUGAUGAGCAGCUCUCCGAGAGUGACUUUGCGGACGUUGUUGUUGGGCUGCAAACAGGACUACAAGACGACGCUGAUUUUCAAACAGAAGCAGGAGGAGGCUCUUCGCAAUAUUUAACAUAUUGAAGAUUUUUACGAAAAAGAUUUUAGGUGCACGAGCUGGAGCACCACGGAAGUUGUAGAAGUAGAGCGUAAAACUGCACAUACAAAUUUUUCCCCUGCCAAGACACACCAGAUUGCAUUGAAUGAUUUCUCCCGAAGAUGAGGAUGACGGGGCACGAUAGGAUUUGUUGUAGUUUCAUCCCACUCAACUACGACCUUUGUUGUGCGACUAGGACUACUUCGAGCUCGAGAUGAGAAGGCACUGACGCAUUUACAAACAAACUCAUCACAGAGGACUAUCGUCAACGUGUAUUUUCUGCAGGAGCUAC